UCACCAAUUGUUGAACCAGGCCUCAAGUAAGAAGACAAACGCCAAAUUGCCAUAGUUGAAUUUUUCUGAGGAUUCUCAUCACAAUGACUUCACAGUUCAGAGAAACCUUUAGGUCCACAUCAUCAUCAAAUGACUUUGAAUUAGACUACGCAGAGUUUAUUUCAACCCAGGCUUCUGCUAUGCAGUUGGGAGAAGACAUCUCUCACUCAGCAAGAUCUCAGGUCAGUGUUUCUCCAAACAACCAUGGCUCCCUGGCAAAGCAGGAGCUGCAAACACUCUGGGCGAUGUUCACCUCCUGGUUGCAGCCAGAGAAGCAGAGCAAGGAGCAGAUGAUUUCUCAACUGGUCUUGGAGCAGUUUCUCCUCACUGGGCACUGCAAGGACAAGUUUGCUUUGACAGAGAAGUGGAAAUCCAGUGGCAGAAACAUGAGGAGAUUCAUGGAGGGUCUGACUGAUGAGUACUUGAAGCCUCCUGUCAUGGUCCAUGUAGCCAUGCACGGGCAGGAAGCCCUCUUUUCUGAGAACAUGCCCUUAAAAGAAGUCAUCGCACAUUUGGAGCAACAGAAGGUAGCAACAUCUCCCACACAAGAGAACACAAGGGCACUCUUGGAGAUCCCCAAAGAUGUGUUCUUGGCAGCAGGGGAGUCAGGCUGGACAGAAGAGGGCUGCCGUGUGAUUCUCUACUUGUGUACAGUUUUAUCAAUUGUCUUAUUUGUCACAGGACAUGAAAAUACAGACGAUGGCUGCCAACCCCCUUGGAACACUAGUGUUGGAAGUGACGGUGUUAAUAGUGCUGGAACUGUGAGGGAUUCCCUUUGCACCUUCCAGAGAGUGCAAUAUCAGGAGUUUGAAGACAGGGAUGUUUCUUAUGGAGUCCCACAGGUUUCCAGAAGAGUAACUCAAGAUACUUCCUGGUCCCAGGAAGUGUCCCUGAGGGCACCUUCUUCUGAAGAGGUCCUUAUGGAGGUACAGCCAGUGUUUCUCUCCCUCACUGAGCAGUCUGAGGAGACUGGAGAUGGCUACAAUGCUACUGAUGAUGCUAAGACAGUAAAUCGUAUGGAAGCACUAAGCUUCCAGUAA